GCCCCUAUAUAAACCCAUCGCCAUUUUUUCAAAUUCACACACUCUCCGUUUCUUUUCACUACUCAAACAGCUUCAUUUUAACAUACCACUCCAUUUUAAUUGCUCAUAUGGAUUGAACAUGAAAAUUUCCAGUUCUCAUCAGGCCGUUUAGGCAAUAGAAAUUUCUCCUCAUUUGGGUUUUUCUUAUUACUGUUUCUGUCUGAAAUUUGCAUUCAUUGCUCUUUUAAAGUGACGGCUAUGGUUUUGUAUUGAUUUUUUUUGUCUAUUUUGAAAUGGGUUUUAGUGUUUGUUUGUGUUACUGGUUUAGCUCGUGUUUUUGAGUUUGGGUUUUGAUACAGGGUCACGUGUUGCCUCCCUUUUCACCACCGCCACUGGAAGUUUCCGGUUUAAACGAAAAGUUGUUUCUUGUUGUUCAAAAACCGGGUAAAAUGGCUAGUACCGGCGGCGGCGGUAGUGGUGGCAGAGGUAGUAGCGACUUAAAUACUUUAGAUAAGGCAGGUAAGAACAAAAGAAAACUAGUUGAGCAUUCUCCAGAGAGUCCACUCAGCCACCCAUCACCUUCGACUGAAUUUCCUCUGUAUGAGUCGUCCUCGGGAAAAUCUGAAAACCCACCUAGUGACCUUAUGCAUUCGGAGGCAGCAGCAGGCUCGUCUCAGUCGGAUGAUUGGGAUGAUCCUCUUGCAUGCCAACUCGAAGAAUUGUUGUUGUCUGGUAUACGCACCAUUUACCAAAAUGCCAUCAAGUUGCUGGGUAGGAGGGGAUAUAGUGAGGAUGUAGCUCAGAAAGCCAUGUCAAGGUUAAGCUUUUACCAUGGGGGUGCAGAUAUUGUUGAAAACAUUGUGAACGAUGCGCUGGCCUUGUUGAAUGACGGAAAAGGUCAUUCGAGAGAUAUUAUGUUUGAGGAUUUGCAGCAGAUGGUGGAGUUCACCAUGAUAGAAUUGGUUAAUGUGCUUAUGCAAGUCAAGCCGUCUUUAUCCAGCGGCGAAGCUAUGUGGCGGUUAUUAAUUUGUGAUAUCGACAUUUCACAGGCAUGUGCAAUGGAAGAAGAAAUCUCGGGUGAGAGCUCUUCUAGUUCUGCCCAAUCGAGCUUAACAUCGCAAAACUCAGAACUUCCUGGAUAUACCGAUAAGCCAAAUGCUGCAAAUUCUUCUCUGCCUCAUGACAGUCUUAAGCAAGAAACGCUAAAAUUUGGAAGUUUUAUGAAUCCGCCGAACACCAAAAGCUCCCCUACACAAGAAAAAGAGACUGUGAUUACUGUUUCAGACAUCUCGGAGAAAUCCUCGAGUGGCCAGGCUACAUCCCGACCAUUUUCCUUUGAAGAAAAAUUAAAGAUGGGGAGUAAAUCACUCAACAAGAAACAACUUGCAAGUUUGCAGAAAAGCUUGAAUGCAGAGAGGGCUAUACGAACUCAUGGUAAGUCGAUUUCUCAAUCGGGAAAGAUUUCUAGUCUCGGAAACAUUAUUUUAGAAAAAAGAUUGAGGUCUCCAUCAAAAUCACAUAGUUCGGGCUUAAAGAUUAAAGCCAAAGUGGAGUCUAUUACAGUCCGCGGAAGCUUUCAGGUCCCUGGCAAUGGUCCUGUUAUAUCUGCCCCAACUCCAGAAACAGCUGAACCUGUGGUAUCCGAUAAAAAGGCUUCACCAAAGCUUGAAGCUGGCGUGAAAUUGGUUCCUAAGAUAUCUGAUUAUUACGCUGGAAUGCCAUACGAUGAGUCUUCGGGACAGCAUAUCCCGCAAGACGCGAAAGAUGAAACAAUUCUGAAGUUAAUUCCUCAGGUAGAAACGCUGCAGAACGACGUACAGGGUUGGACGAACUGGGCGAAUCAAAAAGUUAUGCAGGCGACUCGUAGGCUCAGCAAAGACAAACUCGAACUGAAAUCACUAAAACAAGAGAAACAAGAGGCGGAAAAAUGCGAAAAAGAUAAGAAAAAUCUAGAGGAGAAUGCAAUGAAGAGGGAAUCAGAAAUGAAGUCCGCCUUGAGCAAAGCUACUAGCCAGUUUACGGCAGCCAGCUCGAAUAUUGAAAAGCUCGAGGCUCAACAAUCUCUUCUCCAGAAAGAGAUGGAGAGGCAAAAAUUACAAGCUGUAGCGUCUUCUGUGUACUGCAGUGAAGCAUUGAACAGAGAGAAAAAGGCACAAAAAGAUGUUGAAUCAAUUAAGGAACAGAGAAGCUUAUUAGAAGAGGAGCUGAAGAGUCACAAAAAUCAGGCUGCUGAACUGCAAAAUCAAAAAUGCAAGGCUGAGAAGGCAUUGAAUCAAAUUGAGGGUAAAUGGAACCGAGAGAAACAUAUGAGGGAAGCUUUAAUUGCACAGAUGGCAUCCAUAAGAUUCGAACGAGAGAAAAUUGAAGCUGCAGGUAAAAUACAGGAGGAUUUGCUGAGACAAAAAGCAGAAAAUGAAACGAGAAAACACAUGGAUGAAAUCGAGAAACUCGAGAAACAACUAAAUCAACUGAGAUUCAAAUCUAAUGCUUCGAGAAUAGCUGAUCUUAAACGAGGCAUGGAUGUAAAGUGCAAAGAUACUAAUCAGACAGUGAAAGGAAGACAAGAAGAUUGCAGUAAGCAUACUGGAAAGGCGGUGGCUGCGAAGGGAUUGAAGAGGGAGAGGGAAUGCGUGAUGUGCUUAUCGGAGGAGAAGUCGGUGGUGUUUCUGCCGUGUGCACAUCAGUUACUAUGUGUGAAUUGUAAUGAGCUUCAUGAGAAGAAGGGAAUGAAGGACUGUCUUACGUGUAGAACUCCGAUUCAGAUGCGAGUUGCAGCUCGAUUUGUUCCCAAUUGAGGUGGUGUUUAUGCCUAAUUUGCACGAGGAAUUGGGUAGUGGAACUGAAAUUUGUCAAUGCCAUUUUGUUUGUUUUGAGUCAUACACAGUUCAAAGUUAAAUACUGGUAAAGAAAUGUCAAGAUAAAAAAGUGAAUAAAAAGAUAGCAGUGAUAGAGACGAAUGUAACUCAUGAGUUUAUCUUGUAAGUAUUAGCCAAGGUAAAAAAAAGUCCUUCAAAUUA